CCAAGAUGGAACCCCUGUUGAAGUAACCAAUGAGAACUCAUCCUGUGAGCUGACACCCAAUCAGGAUUCAUCUGUAGUGGGAGUAGCAUCCAAUCAGGUACAAAAUACAGCUCAGAACUCAACCAAUGACAAACUACCAGUGAUGAGAUCUGCAGGAACACAGACAGAGGACUGUGCAGAAAUAGAAGACAGCCCCUUGACUUUAGAAAACCUCCUGUCGUAUUUCUUGGCCCCUGAAACACUACACGGUGAUAACAAGUAUCAGUGUGACAGGUGUGACAGUCUACAGGACGCAGAAAGGCAAAUUAGGAUAAGUCAUGCACCCUCUUAUCUCAUUCUCACUCUCAUGAGGUUCUCUUUUGACAUUAAGACGAUGCGAAGGAAAAAGAUUGUUAGAAACGUACAAGUGCCCUCUACCGUUACGCUCCCCGUAUGUAGUAUAGACUCUGGUGAUUCCGCACAGAGUGCCAUUCAGGAAACCAGCGCAAACUACAGCCUGUGUGCUGUCGUUGUGCACUCUGGAACAUCGUCUGAGUCUGGACACUACUACUGUUACGCCUCCCACCUGCCGUCUAACCAUCAUCAGGUCGCCAUGGAAACUGACGCACAGGAGGACGAUGGGAAGGUUCUGCCAGGACAAUGGUUCCUCUUCAACGACAGCAGGGUGUCGUACACGUCUCUGGACUCGGUACGGAACAUCACGGAGAAGUUUCCUAAGGACACCGCAUACGUUCUCCUGUACAAAAGGUUGGGAGACAUGGAGGGAAACCUUGCGGAGGGGAAUGGUGUGGCUGAACCCAUCCUGAGGAAGGACCUGUUAGACACCAUCACAAAGGAUAAUGCACUGUACCUGCAGGAACAGGAGUUGGAAGCUCGAAGCCUCGCCCUGAGACAGUCGCAGAAGGCGUGCACCUCUUCUCUCCCCUUCAGGAACCAGGACGACGACAAGAACAACCCCCCAGGAAGCUGUGGGGGCGGGGGAGGGGGAUUCAACAUGCCCUCCAACAGAUUUGUGUUUUAACAACAGUUGGAUGAUGGGGCCAAGCAUGCUUCCUUGUGGUACACAUUAAGUCAAUCAAUCUCAGUCAGUACAUGUAGUGUCUAGUGGCACAUAGCGCAGCAAGUUUACUUGCCAUUUCAGUAGCGGGUAUAUUUUUACAUUAAAGGGUUGCUAGCCCUUUCUUAGCUUGAGGCAUCUCCUCAAGUGUAAGAUUCCCAUUUAUGUCCCUUCCAAACAAUUGUUGCAACCCCAACCAAUAUGCUUUUCCUAGGAUUUAACCAACUAAUUGGAGCCAGAAACUCAACUGUGAGGCUGCUACUAUUGAGCUACAUGUACAUCUCAAUCUGUAGUUGAGAAUAAACCCCUUAUGUGUAAUCACUUCCAUAACAUAUUUCAAAGUCAGAUAUCAUUUUGGUAAUCUUAAUAGGUCAGAGUUUAUAAUGAUCCAUCUACUUACCAUGCUAUGCCUCAUAACUUUUAUUUGGCAAUCCAAAUAAGUUUGCAAUGUAGCUAGAAUGGUAUUCUUUCAAACUUGAUUAAAGAAUACAAGAUGCUACAUUCUUGUUUUAAUAUUUUGUUCUGGAUAGACAGUAGGUAGGUAAGAUACUUGUAUAUUGACUUGUGUCUUAUUUUAUUUACCUGUAUUAAAUAUAAUGAUUCCAGCCUGUUUAAGACAGGUAGAUCGUGCAGGGUUGGAGAUGGAGAACUUGUCAAACAUCUAAAGAUUAAUACGAGUCCACAUUACACAUGCUAUAGUCCAUGUACGAGUGACAAACUGUAAAGCGCUUUAAGUUUGACAAGAUUUAUUUUACUGUAUUCUGUAAUAUGGUGCUGAAUUGGCCCAUUUCAGGUAGUUGAAAUAUUUCUUUUGCAUUCAGUUUUAUCACCUGUUACAAAAUCACAAACCUCAACAUUUAAGUUACAAACACUUUUCCAUAAGUGAUUAUCUACUGUCGCACCAUGACUUUCAGAUUGCAUGUCGAUAACAGUGAAUUAAUCUGUGCAACAGAUGUUGUGUAAUAAAAACCUGUUUAAAACUAA